ACUCUGCCAGCAAAUAAAAUGAUUUGCAGACUGAGUUCAGGCGGCCUAAAGCAGUUGCAGGCGUACUACCUGGCCGGCUCGCCGACCGAUGUGUGUGUGGCUGGUUCCAGUCUGUGGGCUUGUUGCCCAGAUCAGAAAGCCCUCUCUAUCCUGAACCCCCACGGAACUGAUGUUUUGCAGACCAAAAGACUGGAACGCUUUUGUCCACUGAAUAUUUGCCGCACAACCGACGACAGGUGGUUGGUUCGUGACGAUCACUCGCGCGUCUGCUGGGUCCAAAUGACAGAUGGCUAUCUUCGAUUUGAACCCCUGUGCUGGGAGACGGGUAUCGUAAAUGCCCUCAAACUCCACUGUCUCCAUCCAGUGAACGGGACCCUCAUUGAGGGUCUCUGCGGUGGCCUUCCACGGGACGGUGGCAUUGUUGGUGCCGACGAAAACGGUCUGUGGAUUUGUGUCCCCCGAAGUUAG